CCUAGCGUGGGGCGGGACUUCCGGCGUCCUCCUCCGGGCGGUCAUUUUGGCUGCUCGGGUGUGUUCAUACGGACAGAAGUUCUGGAGCGAUUAGUGGGGCCGACGGGACAGGACCGAGAAAGCGACGGGGCACUUGUUGUUCCCGUUGAACAAAGGCGACUCUGAGGCUCGGCCGCGGCGCCGCCCGAGAUGAUCCGCACCAGGGCCGGUUUAAGAACCGCCGGCCCGCUCCUGGCCCCGCUCCGCCCACAGGCCUGGAUGGCUGCGGCUGCUCGGAGGGACCCGCCUCAGAUACAAGCAGUAAGUCCAAUACAUUCUCAGCAAUAGACUUUCUUCUGGACCUUCCUAUGAAGCCAGAGCCACAUGCACCAUCCUGAUCCUGUGUUUUAUUCACUGCUGUGAGAACUACAUUGCCCAGAGGACCCUGAGCCAGCAAAUUCACGUCAGCGUGGAGCCAAUGAAGGUCCAGGACAGGGGCAUUUCCAUGCGUGCCAUCGUGUCAGGGCGGGACUUCCGGCAUUCUCCUAGUGGCAGUCUUUUUCCUACUCAGAGGUUCCACAGCUCUGGGUCUGGUCCGAGGUGACCAAACUAAAGAGGAGACACGACCAAGAGGAAUUGUUGUCCUUGCUGCACAGAGUCGGAUCUGAAGCACUGGGCUCCACCCACAGACUCCAAUGGCGGCGGCGGUGCUGAGGGACCCGCCUCAGGGUAGUGUGACCUUUGAAGACGUGGUUGUGUACUUCUCCUGGGAGGAGUGGGGGCUCCUUGAUGAGGCUCAGAGAUGCCUGUACCACGAUGUCAUGCUGGAGAACUUUGCACUUGUGACCUCACUGGGUUGUUGGUAUGGAAUGGAGGAUGAGGAGGCAUUUUCUGUGCAGAGUGUUUCUGUAGAACAAAUGUCACUGGGCAAGACUCCAACUCCAGAUCCAUCCAUUCAGAAGACUCACCCCUGUGAGAAGUGUGUCAUGGCCAGGAGAGACAUUUUGUAUCUGCCUGAGUACCAAGGAUUGCAUCCUGGGCAGAAAUCAUACACCUGUGAGGCAUGUGGAAAACAAUUUUGGUUCAGUGCAAACCGUCACCAGCACCAGAAGCACAAUGAUGAGAAGCCAUCCAAAAGGGACAUAGAUAGGGCCUCAUUUGUGACAAGCUACAGGUUCCAUGUUUCAGGGAAGACCUUCACCUGUGAGGAAGUUGGGAAGGAUUUCCUGGCUAUGUUGAAUCUUCUCCAGCAUCAGGCCACUCUCAAAGGGGCAAAGCCACCCAGCAGUUCCAGGUGUGGGGAGUCCUUUCAUGGCGGAAAAAGUCAUUACACGUACAGUGAGUAUGAGAAAUUGUUCAGCUAUGAAUAUACAUUUUUUCAGGAUGAGCAACUUCACACUAGCGAAAGUUACUAUGACUGUGAGAAAGCUUUUAACCAAAGCGCCAUCCUUAUUAAUUGCCAGAGACCUGACACAGGAGCAAGGUCUUAUGAGUGCAGUGAAUGUGGGAAAUCCUUUAGCCAAAGCUACAGACUCAUUCAACACCACAGAAGUCACACUGCAGCAAGGCCUUAUAAGUGCAAUGAAUGUGGGAAAGCCUUCAGCUACAAAUUAAGACUUGUGCAGCACCUACAAAUUCACACUAAAGUGAGGCCUUAUGAGUGUGGCGAAUGUGGGAAGUCCUUUAGCUACAGCUCCACUCUCAUUAAACACCAGAGAGUUCACACUGGAGCAAGGCCUUAUAAAUGUGGUGAGUGUGGGAAUUCCUUUAGCCAAAGCUCCAACCUCAUUCAGCACCAGAAGAUUCACAGUGGAGCAAGGCCUUAUAAGUGCAGUGAAUGUGGAAAAUCCUUCAGCUACAAAUGCAAACUUGUGCAGCACCUGCGAAUUCACACUGGAGAAAGGCCUUAUGAGUGUGGGGAAUGUGGGAAAUCCUUUAGCCACAGCUCCACUCUUAAUCAACACCAGAGAAUUCACACUGGAGCCAGACCAUAUAAGUGUGACGAGUGUGAGAAAUCCUUUAGCCAAAAGUCCAACCUCAUUCAGCACCGGAGAGUACACACAGGAGAAAAGCCUUAUGAGUGUGGGGAAUGUGGGAAGUCCUUUAGUCAAAGCUCCCACAUCAUUCAACACAGAAAACUUCACACCAGAUAACCUCAUGAAUGCAGUGACUGGGAGAAAACCAGUUACAGCCAAUGGUCUGUAAUUCAACAGAAGUUCACAGCCUGGAUAAAUUUUAUUUGUGCAGCAAAGUUGGGAAAACCUUCAUCUAAAGGUCUCUGAGACCUACAGGGAACAUGGGUUUUCAGUGUACUAGAACUAGAGUGUCUUUGUGAGGGAGCCAUCUGCUUGAUGUUGAACCUCAUACAGCUGAGCAUCCAGAGUGGGAAGGUUCCCCGUGAGUUCUAGGUUUGUGGAAAGCUUUUAGGAUCCUCUUUGCAUAUUCUACUGCUGGCUCCAUUGCCUGAAUUAUGUCCCUUCCAGUUUCUGUGGCAGAAGCCUCACCUCUACCACUUAGUAGUUUCCAGGUUCCAAUAGUAUGUAUGUCCCUUGCAGUGAUCAAGGAAGGCAGAUGUCUCUGUCCCAUUCUCUGCAGAACAGUAGGAGGAGUAAUUUUCAAGGGAGGAAGCACCUCUAGUGCCUCUGUGAGAAGUAUAAAUCAGUUCCCUUUUCCCAAGGAUAUCAUAUAAUGCUGAGCACUACUGUGGGGAAGCUGUUCCCCAGGUACUGCAAAGGAAUCACGUGCCUUCAUGUCUAGAGUUGGGUUUUCUGGUGUUGGUUGUAAGACAGGGGUGAGGCUGGAACCUAAAUUCACACACACUGGAUGUGAUUCAUAUGCACUGGAGGAAGCUGUGGCAGUGAGAGAGGUGUGCCUCUUCUAAAGGUGCCUCCACAAAUGUUCAGUGACUGUGGCUACAUUGUAUUGGAUGAGGUGUACAUGCCAUAGCUGUGUUCUUCCUGUAGCUGCUGUCAUUGUCAGAGCAAAUAAAGCUUUAUAUAUUUAUGUAGCCUCGGGGCUGUUCACUCUAAGGAUACUGCUGCAUGGAGAAGAAAAUGAGAAUAGACAGAAGGGAGAUCCUGAAGCCCAGAGAUACAGUUUUUGUGACCUAGCAGCUGUUCCCACCAACUCAGAAAUGAUCUUUAUGAAUACUUUUUGCCCUGUUGGAGGGCUGCCCUUCCCAAUCUUUCUAAACCUCUGGUUAUGAAAAAAAUGGGGGGAAUUAGAUUUCUAUUUAAACAAAUUCUUACAAAAGUUUAUUGACAUAUAAUUGAUUUAAAUUGUACAGUGUGGUUAGUUUUGACAUAGUGUAGAAACCAUUAAAAAUAAUCCUCAUGGUUAUCAUAUCUGUAAUUCAUAGUUACUUCCCUUUUAUUUUUGGCCACACCACACAGCUUGUGGGAUCAAGCCUAGGUCGUGGCAGUGAAAGCCCAGAAUCCUAACCCCUAGGCUAGCAGAGAAUACCCUUUUAAAAUCUCUUCCUGCCCUCACAACUACUGAUUUACUUUUUGACAGUAAAUUAGUUUGUUUCAUAGAAUUUUGUUUACUUUUUAAAAAUUGUGUUUUCCCUCCCUGCUGCAUUAUUUUCUGAUUCAUAAAUGUUUAUGUAAAUACUUCAUUCUUUUUAUAGUUGAGUACUAGAUCCUGUCUAGAUGAACCACAAUUCGUUUUCCCACUUUUCUGUUAAUGGCCAUUUUGGCUUGUUUCCAAUUUUCGGCCGUUACAAAUAAAGCCUUAUGUAUAUACACAAUGGAAAGGAACGGCAGUGAAGCCUUUUUUUUUUCAUGUUAGGCGUAACUUGUUUCAUCUAGCCCCACUAUAUUAGUGAAUUAUAUAACACAUAAACCUCUUCAGAGUCCAUUUCUAAGAUAUAAACCUUUCAUAGCUCCAAUAUCAGUGCUCAGACUUACCCACUUGAAAGCUUUUGUGUUUCAUAAAUCUCUUAACCUAUAGCUAGGUAGAUAUUACAUCUCUGAAGUUCCCCAAUCAUCAUUCCACUAGAGUUUGCAACAUGUUUGCAACAACAUUCUAGAUGUGGUUUGUUGAGUCUCUCAAACUAUUUAACAUGCUGACUGCCCCACCAAUUUGAAGAAAUUAGGGUGGGCAAGUUGAAGUGUUGAUGGUGCACAUCUAUCUGUUGCAUUGUUUUUACUACCACAGCUCCACACAGCCAGGAAAUUUUUCAGGUACUGUAUGUGCAAGAGUGUGAGGAACUCUCCUUCCUACACCCUAAUUCCCAACCCUUCUGGUGUAAAUUUGCAAAGGAAAGGUGAACCCGUGGAACCUAAUAAAGGCAGAGCUUCAGGUCCAUGCUCCCUCCACCCACAACCUCACUGUGGCAUGCCCCCAGGGUGCCCUCCAGGAUCUGUGAGUAAUGUUCCUCAAGUUUGAUAGUUUCGAGGUACUUCCUACCACCUCUUGCAGUUCUCUUAUCAUGAUCAUAGGUAGGAAGCACUUCAAAAAACUAAGAACUGCAAGGGGUGGCCCAGCCACAGUGUUGGUUGGCCCUGGUGGAGGUAUAAGUGUCUCUUCCAGGUGAGCCUUGGGCAUUGCCAGCUGAGAGUCACUACUGCCACUAGGCUGGGAACCAGAACAUACUAGCCUCAAAGUGACUUGAAAGGAGUGAAAAGACCUGUCAUUUCACAUGGUACUAAAAAGUACCCCCUCAGAGAGCACUCCACAACUAUAAGCAGAAAAAAAAUCACAACCUGUAUGUAAUUUUUUGUAAAGCACAGUAAGUGCACCAAUGGAAAUAUUUGAGCCCUGACUUUUGCAAGACUUUAAUUGUAGUGGUAAAGUGGAAUAGAAUCCUACAUAAAAACACAGGAAACUUAUGGAAUAUUUCUAUUAUCAUUUUCACAUUAACAGUAUUUUUUGA